UUUGUAUGAUUUAUUGAUCAAAUUGGUUUAGUACCGCGUGUGACCGACUGAACAAGAAACUAGUUUCUUAAGUUUAAAUACACGCUACGACCUCGCUGGCGGGUCGAUCGAUUCCCAUUCUGCUCCGCGAGCCAGGACUCUCGCAAUUGCGCACAUUCUACCCGAUUUCUGGCCACUAAUAUUUAUAAAGCGCAAGGCACGCCGGGUUGACGACAAGUGCACAAAAUAAUCGCGGCCGUGUACGAGCUUAUUACAACGUUGUAUUAUGGCGCUCUCGUUGGGCCAUUCGCAGGUGCGCCAGAACUUCCACAAAGACUGCGAGGAUGCAAUUAACAAACAGAUAAAUUUGGAAUUGUUCGCGAGCUACACAUACCUGUCAAUGGCUUAUCAUUUUGAUCGCGAUGAUGUCGCAUUGCCAGGACUGCAUAAAUACUUUAAAAAGUGUUCGUAUGAAGAGCGCACACACGCUGAACUGCUGAUGGAAUAUAUGAACAAACGCGGCGGACAUAUUGUUCUUGCAGAUAUUGCACCACCAGAGAAAAGCGACUGGGGGCAUGCACAGGAUGCUAUGCAAGCUGCAUUGGAUUUGGAACGAAAAGUCAAUGAUGCUUUGUUAAAUUUACACAGUGUUGCAUCAGGGCACAUGGACGUCAAUUUCUGUGAUUUCUUGGAGACGCAUUAUUUGCAAGAGCAAAUUGAUGCGAUAAAAGAAAUAGCAGGCCAUGUUACCAAUCUUAAACGUGUAGGCGAAGGACUCGGCGUGUUUUUGUUUGACAAGGAAUUGGGUGAACAAGACUAAGCAAUGAAAUCAAUGACAACGAAUACGAAUUUGCAAGGGAAGUAAAUUACAAUUAUACAUUGUCACAUACGUAUAUAGAAAGCACACCUAAAAUAAUAAUUGUACUAUUAUUAGGAUAUGAUGGUGUGAUAACAUUGCAAAAGAUAUUUAACAAUUAUAUUCGGUUUAGUUCUUAAAAAUAGAGUUUCGAGAACUGGGCACAUAAAAGACUGUUGGCUUGAUAAAGGAAAUUCGUCAAUUGACAAAAAGACAUGUGAAAAACCAAUUUGUGAAAUGCUCUAAUGCUUUUUAGUAAGACUUAUGACUAUGAGUGAAAUACAGAAAGAAACCUUUGAAAUUUUCAAUACUUAUUAUCUGUUGCCAGAGAAACUAAUAUUUUUGAUUAAAAAAUUAUGAUACAUCAAAGUCAAUGCAAUUAAAAGUUUAUAAAUUUUAAAAUGUUACCAAAGUGUUUUAUAGGGGCUUUAUUCGUAAAUUAUAGUAAUUCAUCAUGUUUAAACAGAA